GGCCGGAGGACGUGGGUGAGGAAGCCGGAGGACGUGGGUGAGGAAGCUCGAAGUUCCUUUCUGGUGGUACUAGGGCUUUCGCCGAAGUAGUGUAUCGUGACGGUGAGGCCUUUGCGGACUUCGGCGCGGUCUGCACCGGCGGCUCUCAGCACCUGGCGGGAAAAAGCCGACCUCCGGUAUGCGCUCCAGUGCCAGAGAAUAACAGAGGAUCAACAUGUUGUCCAACUUGAGGAAAUUUGUAGUCAGUCAUAAGAAAAUACCCAUCCUGCACGUUAAUAAUAUGUGUUGCUCUAAAAUGAGAGCAAGUUUACAAAGACUAAAGUCACAUGUGCCUCUUGGAAGAAACUACAGUUCUCUACCAGGUUUGAUAGGAAAUGAUAUCAAAUCCCUUCAUUCUGUCAUCAAUCCUCCCAUAGCUAAAAUCCGAAAUAUUGGAAUUAUGGCUCAUAUUGAUGCAGGCAAAACUACCACCACAGAAAGAAUAUUGUACUAUUCUGGAUACACAAGAUCGCUGGGAGAUGUUGAUGAUGGAGAUACAGUGACAGAUUUCAUGGCUCAAGAGCGAGAAAGAGGCAUUACUAUUCAGUCUGCUGCUGUUACGUUUGAUUGGAAGGGAUAUAGAGUCAAUUUAAUUGAUACGCCAGGUCAUGUAGACUUUACCUUGGAGGUUGAGCGCUGCCUUAGAGUGUUGGAUGGUGCAGUAGCUGUGUUUGAUGCCUCUGCUGGUGUAGAGGCCCAGACUCUCACAGUAUGGAGGCAAGCUGAUAAACACAGGAUACCUCGAAUCUGUUUUUUAAACAAAAUGGACAAAACUGGAGCAAGUUUUAAAUAUGCGGUUGAAAGCAUCAGAGAGAAGUUGAAGGCAAAGCCAUUACUUUUGCAGUUACCACUUGGUGAAGGCAAAGCUUUCAAAGGAGUUGUGGAUGUAGUAAAUAAAGAAAAACUUCUUUGGAAUCCUAAUUCAGAUGAUGGAAAAGACUUUGUGAGGAAUCCCCUUUUGGAAAUGAGUGAUCCUGAGUUGCUUAAGGAGACAACUGAAGCAAGGAAUGCCUUAAUUGAGCAGGUUGCAGAUUUGGAUGAUGAAUUUGCUGACUUGGUUUUAGGAGAAUUUAGUGAAAAUUUUGAUUUGCUACCAGCUGAAAAGCUCCAGACUGCAAUUCGCAGAGUAACACUGGCUCAGACAGCAGUGCCUGUGCUUUGUGGAAGUGCUCUGAAAAACAAAGGUGUCCAGCCCUUGUUGGAUGCUGUUACUGUGUACUUGCCUUCACCUGAAGAGCGCAACUAUGAAUUUCUGCCAUGGUAUAAGGGUGACUUAUGUGCACUGGCAUUUAAAGUUCUUCAUGACAAGCAGCGAGGACCACUGGUGUUUAUGCGCAUUUACUCAGGCAUGAUAAAACCCCAGUUGGCCAUCUAUAAUAUUAAUGGAAACUGCACGGAGAGAAUAAGUCGUCUUCUUUUGCCGUUUGCUGACCAACAUAUAGAAAUCCCUUCACUGACUGCUGGUAACAUUGCUUUGACUGUUGGCCUUAAACACACCGCCACAGGAGACACCAUUGCCUCAUCCAAGUCCAGUGCGUUAGCUGCAGCUCGUCGAGCCGAAACAGAAGGAGGAAAAAAACAUAGACGAAACAGUGAAGCUGAAAGACUUCUUCUGGCUGGGGUGGAGAUUCCAGAACCUGUUUUCUUCUGUACCAUAGAACCCCCUUCGGUGGCUAAGCAGCCAGAUUUGGAUUAUGCAUUGAAAUGCCUUCAACGUGAAGAUCCCAGUUUGAAAGUGAAGCUAGAUGCUGAUUCUGGACAGACUGUCUUAUGUGGUAUGGGGGAGUUACAUAUUGAGAUUAUUCAUGACCGAAUCAAGAGAGAAUAUGGAUUGGAAACCUAUCUAGGGCCUCUCCAGGUGGCAUACCGAGAGACUAUUCUAAAUGCAGUUCGUGCCACAGAUACCUUAGAUAGAACAUUAGGAGACAAACAGCAUCUUGUGACUGUAGAACUGGAAGUAAAACCAGUUGAAACAGCCUCUGUUAUGCCAGUUAUCGAGUAUGCUGGAAGUGUUAGUGAAGACCUUCCGACGGCUUCCCAAGAGGCCAUUGAAAAUGGGAUUCACAGUGCAUGCCUCCAAGGACCAUUGCUUGGAUCCCCAGUCCAAGAUGUGGCAGUUGCUGUACAUUCACUGAUAAUUCAUCCUGGUACCUCCACAACUAUGAUUUCUGCCUGUGUCUCCAGAUGCAUACAAAAGGCGCUGAAGAAGGCUGAUAAGCAAGUUUUAGAGCCCCUGAUGAAGCUCGAGGUUACAGUCACUAGAGAUUACCUCAGCCUUGUCCUGGCAGAUCUGGCACAAAGAAGAGGGACCAUUCAGGAAAUCCAGACUCGUCAGGAAAACAAAAUUAUUACUGGAUUUGUUCCCCUAGCAGAAAUUAUGGGUUAUUCCACUGUGCUUCGAACGCUAACAUCAGGCUCAGCUACUUUUGCCUUAGAACUAUCUAAUUAUGAAGCCAUGAAUCCUCAAGACCAAACUGUACUGCUCGGCCGGCGAAGUGGCUUGACCCAAGUACUUUGAGACUCCGGAGCCCCUAUCAACUGCAGUUUCACACAUGGCUGGGGACAUCACACAGCAGAGGGGUUUAGAAGUCAUCUGCUGAAUGAAUGUGCUACGUACAUCUCCAGGUGGGGAAGACAUGGCAAUUCAAGGUAAUAUACAAACCACCAUCUCUGGUUAUUUCUUGAGUAUCUUAGAAUAAACUAUAAAAUCCUGGCAGUUAGUCCACAAAUGUUUCCUAGUCUCUAGACAAUUCCAGGUAUUGUGCAGGAUUAGAAAAUUAGAAUGUACUACACAAAAAGCAAAAUAGGAAAAGGCUUGAAUCUGGGCUUGUCUAAUAUAAGAGUUAGCAAACUACAGCCUACGGCCUGUUUUUGUAUGGCUCAUGAGCUAAGGAUGGUUUUUACACUUGUAAAUAUUGUUUUAAAACAAGAAUACUAUGCAACUGUGGGGCCCAUGAAGCCUAAAAUAUUUACUACCUGCCCCUUUAAAUUUUCUCCAGUGUAAGUAUAAACAGCCACAUGUGGCUGUGCUAUCAUACUGGACAUAAGAGAUCUAAAGUAGAAGAAUGCUCCUGGAGUUGACCAAAGGGAAUGAAUUCCACAGGCAAAGCAGGGCUUUGAACUGAAUUCUUUGAACAGAAGACUGCUCAACAUUAUUUCAUCAUUUAAUGCAAAAGUCUUCGUCAUAAUGUCAGUGAUUUAAAGAAAGCAGUGCAUACUGCUUCCUUCUUGAUUUUUCACUUUGUCCAACAAGGUAUAAUAUCUAUAUAUAUAUAGAUAUCUCUAUAUAUAUAAUAUCUAUAUUAUUAUAUAGAUCUUUGACAAGGGGUAAUAUCUAUAUAUCUGUAUAUAUAAUAUCUAUACUUUCACAAGGGGUAGAGAGAAAAUGAAAAAAGAGUACUAAAUAGCUAAAACUUUUACAAAAAUCACAGAUGAAAUAAAAAUAGAGGAGGCUUAUAAGUAACUUACUUUUGAAGGUAGAAAGAUUCUAGUCUUCUAAAAUCUUUGCCAAAACCUUUCUGCUUCAUGAAACCCUGGAUUUCUGGAUUAGACUCCCUUUAACAAAAAACAGUGAUUAAAACUACAUUAAAAGUUUGAUAAACCAAAUCUAUUUAAAGCAGCAUAGAUCUCUAUUAAAGUUGGUAGACAGAAAAUAAGCCUAAAAACUUUAUUAUGAGUUACCCAGGUUUUUCAUUACAAAUAAUUUUUUCCAGAAGCUGGUUACUUGUGAAAAUAGCUUUCCCCACCUCUCUCCUCCAACUAAGGCUAUUUACAGAGGAUUUUUGUUUAAAUGUUUUAUUUAAUUUUGACAGUGUGUGUGUGAGCAGGGGAGGGGCAGAGAGAGAGAAUCCCCAGCAGGCUCCAUGCUGUCAGCGCAGAGCUCAUGACCUGAGCCUAAACCAAGUCAGAUACUCAACUGACAGCCACGCAGGCGCCCCGCAAAGGAUUUUUGAGAAAAAUCUCCCCCACCUAAUCACUGCCUUUUCACUAAAGCUGUUCUUGUUCACUGUAGUCUGUUUCCAGUCCCCAUGGUCUUUCACGUCUUGAUUCUCCUUCCUAAAAGCUUUUAUUCUCAAGUUAUGUUGCUAACUUAAAACCUAGCAAGCAGAGAUCUUUCCCAAAUCUUCCUUUUUCACGUGGAAACCUCUAAUAUCUACUUCGAAUGCAAUGGUUAAAAAAGUACGGCUUUUAAAGAAUUGUCAUACCAAC